AUGUCUAGCAGUGUGACAAAAAUGGAUGUAACAACGUCAUCAAGUACCGUAACAAAAACAUUAAAAAAAGAUGGAACAGAUGCUAAAAAGAUUCCAAAAGUACCUGAAGUACUUUUAAAACGACGAAAGCAUUUUGCUGAUUUGAAAGCAAAACGUUUACGAACACAAGUUCAAACAAAAAGAAACCAAAAAUAUAAACGUCUCUUAAUAUUUAAACGUGCCGAAAAAUAUGCUAGUGAAUAUAAUAAAAAAGAACGUGAUUUAAUCCGUUUGAAACGGGUUGCAAAAUCAAGAGGAAAUUAUCACGUAGCAUCUGAACCAUCGCUAGCAUUUGUUAUGCGUAUUCGAGGUAUUCGGGGUGUACAUCCAAGAGUGAAAAAAGUAUUACGAUUAUUUCGUUUACGACAAAUAAAUAAUGGUGUAUUUAUGAAAUUAAAUAAAGCCACAUUACAAAUGUUACGUAUUGCUGAACCUUAUCCAAAUUUAAAAUCUGUUCGUGAACUUAUUUAUAAACGUGGUUUUGGGAAAGUAAACAAAAUGCGUAUACCAUUAUCGAACAAUGAUGUUAUUGAAAAAUCUCUCGGCAAACAUAAUAUUAUCUGUAUCGAAGAUUUAGUUCAUGAAGUUUUUACCGUUGGAGAAAGUUUUAAAAAAGCAACUAAUUUCUUAUGGCCAUUCAAACUAAAUAAUCCAAAAGGCGGAUGGAGAAAGAAAGCCAAUCAUUUUGCUGAUGGUGGGGAUUUUGGAAAUCGUGAAAAUUACAUCAAUCAAUUAUUGAGAAAGAUGGUUUAA